AUGGCGGAUCAAAGCCCUAAGCCGUUACAGUUCUUCGUGAAGCUCCUCAACGGAAAAUCCGUAACCCUAACGUUCCCCUCUCCGUCAGCCUAUGGCGACCAAAUCAAGCAGCGGAUCUUCAAUCACACUCAGAUCCCAACUCAUCUACAGCGUCUAAUCCACGGAGGCUACCAGAUCUCCGACGGAUCCACCGUCUCCCAAUCCGAUUCCACAGUCAUGAACUUAAAAUAUUAUGUAAUGGUGAUGGAGAGAUUAAAGACUGAACUUCAGUCUCGUGGACUGAAAUGCGGAGGGAGAUUGCAAGAGAGGGCUGCGAGGCUGUUCUUGCUUAAAUCUACACCACUCGAUAUGCUCCAAAAGAAAUUGUUGGCCAAGAAAUGA